UGUUGUCAUGGUAACGUGUACUAAUAUACUUUCACCAGGGAUUUAAAAUGCAAUAUUUAUAGGAAAACAAAAUUGAUGAAUAAUUUUUUUUUUAAAAAAUAGAGGCGUACAAAACAAAUAUCACUUUGGCCUCAUGGUUUAAAAUUUAAUUAUAUCUUUCAUUGAAAAUCAGCCUAGAUAGUUUAAAGACACAAUUUGUUUCUUUCUUGUUUUCCCCUUUACACUAUUAAGACUAUUAUUAAUGCUUAGCCUACAGUCCCUUUAAUACAUUAAGGUUAUCUAUUCUUCUAAAUCCCCUUGAAGAGCCCCUGAGAUUAAAUCCAUUAGUUUACAUAGGAGAGCUCCAAGGUUACGAUCUUAAAAGCAAUGCCUCAUGCUCAAAACUGUUUGUAGAAUUUUAAUAAGUGAUGUUCAAUGUAUAUUGAUUUCUAAUGAAUGGAAUGACGACUCAAACUUGGACUUAAAACAUUAACAUUGUCUACUAGUGGCUAUGUGUGAAGACUUUUGGCAUGGACAAGUUUUAUUCUACUGCUAGUGUGGGCUUUGAACCUUUAAUUAACAGAGGAUUAAUGCAAGAUUAAGUAUUUUAUUCAGACUUCAGAAUAUUUUUUUUUUUUUUGAGUUGUGACAACCUACCUGAUGUAAAUAAAUUCCACUUCAGACUUUGUUAACUCCCGGGAGAAUAACACUUGAUGGUUUAAUUCAAUUAAUCUAACAUUGGAAGAAAAAAUCAAAACAAUGACUUGUGAAAAGUGGUUUUCGUAAAAAAAAUAAUAUUUAGUUUAACAAGGAAAAAAAAAAUGAGGGACAAAGAAAAAGGAGCAGGCAUGCUUAAAAAGGCUAGAUUUGAACGGAAUCCCGAGAACAAGCACUAAAAGGAUCUAUUCAUUCUGGGAUCUAAGAGCCCUAGCCCUACAAGAGCAUCUAGCAAAAGCCCCAAAAGGACAGGCUCGGGUAAGAUGUCAGACUCUCGCCCCCAGUCUGCAAAAUCCAAAUCACCGUCCCCAACAAGAAAGGGCUCAGCUAAAUCCCGAUCAAGCUCCCGGAAAAGGGGUUCCAUUAGCCCUGGUAGCAAGAAGAGCAAAAGUCCCUCUCCAAAUCGUAAAGGGACCUCCUCUGCAUCUUCCAGGGGUCGUUCAGCAGGAAAGAAGAAAGUGAGAGUGAAGUCCCCUUCUAGGACCCAGUCCGGACUGAAGAUCAGGGAUCUCUCUGACCAAGGUCUUACUGCUGUUCCACCCAAUCUCCUGGCUGAGAAAGACUUAGGAAUCGUGAACCUCUCUGGCAACAACCUCAAAAAUCUACCGACUGAGAUCGCAAGAUGGGACAAAAUAGAAAAGCUAGACCUUAGCAAAAAUUAUGGACUACGCAGAACAAAAGCCAGUGACAAUACUAGCUUGCCUCAGGAAAUCCUCACACUUGUUAAUCUACGAGAGCUCAUCAUUUCAGAAUGCAACCUACAGAGACUUCCCCCCAUCAUUUGGCAGAUGACAAACCUCCAUGUGUUGGAUAUCAGUCGCAACAAGAUCAACAUUCUUGUGCCAGAGGUAGGAAACCUGAGUAAUUUGAGGAAAAUCAACUUAAAGCACACAAAUAUCACCUCCCUGCCACCAGAGAUUGUGUACUGCCAAGACCUUGAAGAAAUUCUCUUGUGGGGAAACAAGAUUUCAACUUUACCUGAAACACUACCAGAAUUACUAAAGCUAAAAACUCUAGGGUUGAAUUAUCGUGAUUUCUGUGGACAAAUGGAUGCUAUGAGGGAAAAGUUUCUCAAUACUGGGCAGGUCAAAUCAGACUAUAUUCCUCAAAUUGUGUUUGACCUCCCUGCACUAGAGACACUAGAUUUAGAGGGUACUAAGAUUAAUAAUAUGCCUGAAACAACUAAUCAUGGUUUAAGAGAACUCAAUCUCAGCAGAAAUUUUCUCAAUGUUUUGCCAAGGAGUGUGUACAAUUUGAAUCAUUUGACUUUGUUAAAUUUAUCUGAUAAUCAGUUCAACAGUCUCCCUGAUGAACUGGGAAAUCUGAAAAGUUUAACGAAGCUUCGGCUUGCAAACAACCAAAUCCACUUCCUACCUCUGACCAUUGGAAACCUGAAAAAUUUAAAAGAGUUGGAUGUAUCAUUUAAUAAGUUGAAAAGAUUUCCUAUCAAUAUUAAAGGCCUCAGGAAUCUGAAAUAUCUUCACGCUGAGAAGAACGAUCUGACUGCGGUGCCUGAUGAAAUCUGCGAACUGGUGGAACUGCAAACACUUAACCUGACAGAAAACAACAUCCACACAUUACCGAUGAGGCUGCACCGCUUAACAAAACUGAAAGAUGCCCAUGUCUAUGACAGAUACAAUAAGCAUGGUCUGUGGCUUUACAAAAACCCACUCACAACUCCACCAAUGGAAAUAUGGAGGACUGACAAAACUGAAAAAAUAUUUGACUACCUUAAAAAAUUGGCCAUUAUCAAAACAGAGAAUCUGCAAAGACAAAAAAUGCUGGUCAUGGGAGAAUCCCAAUGUGGAAAAUCCACAUUAAUCAUGGGAUUGGUUCAUGGUAUAUCUUUGUCUCCAGUAGAAAAUGAGGAAAAGGGAAGGAAAUCAAAGCAAGAAGAUGCAGAAGACAUCCUUAAGAGAAGAAAAAGUCAUGACUUCAACACAGAAAAUGCUGUUCAAGAAAACGAAGACUGUCAAAAAGAAAUCCCAUCUCUUACAAGCAAAACAGAAUUCAUUGAACAAACCAUUUGGAAAACUGAAAACAUGGUGGAAUUUGUGAUUAAUGACUUUGGUGGAGAUGAUGCGUACCGAAUAAGCUAUCCACUAUUCCUAGAUGCAAAUGCUCUGGUUCUCUUGGUUUAUGACCACAGUGAGUAUUCCAAGAAAACCCACCAAACCUCCAUUGGUGAGUGGCUGGACCUCCUCAGUAGAUACACUCCUGGUGUUACAAUCAAACUUGUGGGCACCAAAUCAGAUUUGUGUGAAGAUUCAUAUGCUGUGGAAGAUACAGCGGACCUUGUGCAAGAACUAGUUCAGGAACACUUAGAAAACUAUUUAGGCAAGUUACGGAUGGAACUAAGUCUUGUUGAAAGGGACUUGAAAGAAGCAAAAAUUGGCUCCAUUCAAGAUUACAUCGAACAUCUAGAAAAUCAGAAACAAAAAUUAGAAUACCUUCUCUCAAAACCUGUGAAAAUCAUACCCGAAAUUGCCACUGUGUCUUCACAAGAAGGACUACCAGGAGUUAGUCAUCUUGUGAACAGUAUUGAACUGCUAGCCAUUGAUACUGAACUGUUUCCACAUGGCCAGCGAUGUAUACCUGACCUGUGGAACAAACUUCGUGCCAGACUCAAAAGACGAAGUGGAUACUACCUCAGCUGGGAGGUAGUGGAGAAGGUGGCCAACAACUCCCACGUUAAAGAUGAUGCUAUCACUAAUGCUCUGCAGUACCUCCACGAUAUUGGGGAAGUCAUGUGGUUCAAAAACAUCCCUGGACUCUCCAGAAUCUUGUUCCACAAGCCUCGGCUGUUAGUGGAUUUAAUCACCUCACUUUAUCAUUAUAACUUUGGUGAAUUCUUCAACUAUGAUGACAACAAAAUCUUCAUGAGCAUGGGGAAAUUCAAAAAAGAUACUUUCAAUGAGGCAGUGGAAAUAUUUGUCAAAUAUGGACAAAUUUCCCGACCGCUUCUGAGCUGCUUGUGGUUUAAUCAUCGCCUUACAGAAGCAAAGUUUACAGAACUUUUAGAACUCAUGCCAUACCUGGAUAUCUGUUACACCAUUCCUCAACCAGAAGUUCCCUCAGGGAAUAACAUUGCACUUCCCCUGAUGGUGCUUCCAUGGUACAACAAGGAGUUUGCAGAAAAUGAUGUGGUUGAGGACUUUGAAAAGAACUCUCCAGAAAAAGUGAAACCAGUCAUUUUAGAAUAUCAAUUUCCUCUUCAACUACCACAAGGUGUGUUCGAGAAAAUCUCCGUUUGCCUUCAAGAUCACGUUUUAACAAGAAUCGACUGGAAAAAUGCAGUUUAUGCCACUCUGGAAGAUGCCAGCUUCCUUCUUUGCUUGGCAAGUGAUCCAAGUAAUCCAUGUGACUCAAUAAAACUCAUGUUCAAAGGCCAGUCUGAUGCUCUUCCUGUUUCUAGUUUAAAGACAGUCUCCCAAGUCAUUACUAACACACUGUACAAAGUUGAAGGUCUUAUUUGGAAAAUCAAAGCAUCUAAAGAUGUAUGGUCAAAUCAUGCCAUUCAAUUCAUACAGAAAGACAUUGUUUGUGAAGAGUAGAAGUACUGCUGUUUUGUUUUUAAACUUUAGCAGGUUUUAAUCAAAUAGAACACUAGAUUGCAAUGCAUCUUCAAAUGAAUCUCACUCACUGAAGAUGAAUGAUGCUAGAAUAAUAGAAUGACUGGUGACAGAUAUGGAGAGAGAGAGAGAGAGAGAGAGAGAGAGAGAGAUUCAUGUUAGUGGAGUGAAUGUAGUAUAAUAAUAUUUUGACCAUCAUAAACUAUAGUGAAGAUUACACUUCAUUUUAUUAGUAAACCCUGUUGAACAAACUCUUUGAUAUGCUAGAACAUUUUUUUAUGCAUGAACUGCUUUUCAUUCAAGCAAAGAUAUCUGUGAUAGUCACACAAGUAUUUAUUAAACUGCUACAUUUUUUCAAAGUGUUCUUUAUGUAAUAAAAUUGAUCAAAAUACAAUGUAUGUGUCUCUGAUAAUAAAGUGAUUCCACUGGC